UGUGGUCGCGACAUGAGUUUGCCAGCAUUCUUUUUUCCAUAGCUCUCUCUGUGACUUUGCUUAUACUUUUCGAAAGUAUCACAUUACGAAGUAUCCAACGCUGAAAAUUUUUCGAUAUGGUGAAUUGGUCAAAAAGGAAUACCGUGGGCAACGAUCUCGCGAAGCUUUAUUGAAGUUUGUCGACAAACAGCUCCACGAUGACAUUACUGUGUAUCCGUCGAUCGACAAGUUGCUGGCAAACCUUGAUGUAAGCAACGUUACGCUAAUAAUCUUCAUGUCACUGUCGUUUGCAAUGUUGUCAUCUGAUGAAAUGCGGUCGGUAUCUGACUCCUACUGCUGUCUGAUCAGCCAGUCACAUGUAAUAAGUUGUGUACAGCGUUUCACCGCAAGUUUGUAUCUGUGUAAUUCUCAAAUAGUCGUCGGUAUCCGCGUUUUGUUCUAUCAGAGAUGUUACCUGUUGUAA